AUGGGUGUUGAGGAGUUGUUCCAUUUGAGCAGCAACCAGUCGAUUUAUGAGCAUGAAGUUGCGAUAGGUAAAGCGUUGGAUACGAUCCCACUGGCGGAACUAUACGAACAGGCCGAAAGUGCGCUUUCAUCUGGUAAGGAGGGCGGAUUUGAAGACCAUCUUGUAAUGGCCCUGCUAAAGUGGUUCAAACAGUGGUUUAAAUGGGUCAAUUCUCCUGAAUGUGAUAGAUGUGGUGGCGAAACAAAUCCUCGAGGUGCGGAACCACCAAGACCUGAAGAAGCAAAGUAUGGUGCGCGUGCAGUCGAGAUAUAUCAUUGUGAAAAGUGCCGCACUUUGACCCGAUUCCCUCGGUAUAACGACCCGGUAAGGCUCCUUGAAACACGAUGCGGCCGAUGCGGCGAAUGGGCCAAUGCAUUUACAUUAUUACUGAAAGCACUAGAUCUGGAUGUUAGAUAUGUUUGGAACGCUGAGGAUCACGUUUGGAACGAAGUAUAUUCGCCAUUCCAUGAGCGGUGGAUUCAUGUCGAUUCAUGCGAGGAAGCUUACGACCGGCCUCUGAUCUACGCUGAUGGUUGGGGUAAAAAAAUGUCCUACGUGAUUGGAUUUUCUGUGACGGGAGCACGGGAUGUAACCCGACGGUAUGUUCGACGACCAGACGCUUCAUUGCCCCGGAACCGGUUCAACGAGGCCGAGCUUGAGCAGGUGCUUCAAGGUAUUACUAUAGACUUGCGACAGCGGAUGACCGCGGAGAUGAGAGAAAUAUACUCAGAGCGAGAUGAGGUUGAGGAGGCCGAAAUGAUGUCUUACCAGGAAGAACAAGUGGUUGAAGUACCCCGCCAGAGCGGAGCCCCAGAUUGGGUGGCACAACGCGGAGAAGACGGGCGGUCUUGA